AUGAUCAACGGUCGCAGAACAGUGUUAAUCUCGGGUCUGUUACGACAGACCUUUAGCACAGCGAAAGCAGAUGGAAUGGAAAGCAUUGCUCAUAGUGCAACCAAACCAACCGCGCUAGCAAUCCCCGACUCAAGAAUGCAGUCUAGGAAAGAACCACGAGAAGGGCCCAAGAGUCAACAUAAUAAAAAACCACGUAAGCGAAAAAGUGUAGCAACAAAGCAUCGCAUCCCUGGAAGAUACCAGACAUCUAAUAUGGAAAUCAAAACACAAGGACACGCAGCAAUAAAUUCCAAGGCCGCCACGUACCAAGCAAAACCAAGACAAUCUCAUUCCAAGACUAAGCCUGUUGCGCGGAGAUUACGGAAUGCCUCUCUUCAGAGUAGUCUUGGAGUCUCUGCUCCAAUCCGCCAACAACAACAACAACAACCUCAGCAAAGAAGUAUCUUCGUGUUAUUAGCAUUCAGUUGCGCUCUUGUUGGAGGUGGGAUGUUUGGUCUAAGAGCCCUAAAGCGCCUGGAAAAUUGGGAAAUUCAGUCGCAAGAGGAGAGCUUGGCCUAUGAUUUUGCAUUUACGACCAAGCGUGACUCAAACUAUGGAUCUUUCGAACCCCAGAUUUGGGAGGGUGAUCUGAACAAGUUUGAUGUUUGA